GUCCACUCCUUUCUAGCCCCUUGAGUCGUUGCUCUGAUGAGGUAUUGUAGCAGGGCUGCCCAGUCAGGAAGUGCCAGUCUUAUUUAGUUUCACAGUCCAUUUCAGCUUUGUGGCCUGCCAGAUGGUUACUUGGUCUUUUAAAAUCUGAUGCCAUCUUCCGGCUUCAUUAAAUUGCAACAAGUGAUCCUCCAAUGCCCAUUUUCUUAUUCAACUACAGGGUUAAGGAUUCCAGAGCCGUCCUCUGACAAGGUGCCAACCCACUCGCCACUAGGCCACUCCAGAAUGGCAGUCAGACUAAUAUGCACACCACUACCAGAAUACCUGGACAAGAAGUGGGACAUGGGGAGAUCAUACACGGGUCACCCAGACCGAGCCUGGGCCAAGGUUUGAACGUGGUGUCUGUCUUGUGCCACCUCAGUUAAGUGGUGCGGACUUUCAUUUAUUUUUGGGAGAAGGCUUUGACUUUUAGAAUUUCACUUUUGGCCUGAUUUAUAACAAUGGAAGUCUGAUGCUUCUGGAAGACAAGGAACUUGUGACAAAAAUGGGUUCAAAUCUUGAAUGAAAUCUCCAGCUUUGCCAGGUUCUCUGCCAUCAGGGCCUGGAAUGACCUUGUGGCAGGAGGCCGAAGCUCAAUCGAAGAUUUUUGGGCAUGGCUAUCUUCAAGUGCCCUGACCCUAUAGGAGCUGGACAGACACCAAUUGUGUUGGAUGAUGACGUGUGCCCUCGUGCCAGUCAAAUUCAGGACACGUGGCAGGCCAUUAAAAAGUUCUCCCCUCUCUGAAGACCAAAAAAGUGUGCCAUCGGCUGGCAGACUAAUAUGGAAGGAGGGUGGUUGCCCAGGGAGGUGCCAAUGCCUCAUCUGAUGUCUCAUUUCGGUCCUUCUUUUUCAGAGCCAUUGCUUCACACCACUGCCUUGCAGUUCCCGCCGAGCAGUGGUUCAAACUCGAGCACUGACCGACUCAAACAGAAAUUCAGCAACAGGAAAGAAGACGAGAGGAUGGACUGGCGUUGUGGGCCCUUUGUCCGAGAGCCCUCAUUGGGGGAUGCAGCUGUAUAGACUCCUGGUUCGAAAUUAACAGAUCGUGUCCGGAGCAUCCGUCGGACUGAAGCCGGGGUGGAAUGCCAUCACGUGGACUGCAGGGCGCUUUAUGGUGUUGGCAGAAUCUUGGACGUCCGGACAGUACCGAAACGACGAGCAAAGCAAACCUCGGCAGCUCCCUCCUGCCAACGCGCGUCAUCCUCCUCCCUCUGUGUUGUGCGGAAGAAGAAUGCCAGCGUCUCUGUGCCCCAGUGUGCCGCUCCGGGCUGCAAGGGCUUUGUCACCAGGAUGGCGACUUGCUUUUCGUUUUCACGCGCCGUGGCACAGCGGUAAGCUCGGGAGGCCGGUCCGAGUGGGACUGUGAGAGCAGCGGGUGCACAAGCGCCAUUUGUCUGUCGGUGUGUCUCUUCAAGUGUCGUGUGGCUGCGGCUCUCGUCUUUACAUUUUUGUCGAUGUUUCUGAUUUCCCGAAAGCGGACGGGCGCCAGGAGGACGCUCGAGGGAGCCAGUGGGGUUUGCUCUCCGGGAAGAGGAGGAGUGGGCGCCAAAGGGGAAGACGCACGCAAGGCCGAGACGCUGCCAUCUGUACAGUCCUUCAGUCUGCCUGUUUAGACCGUAGGUGUGACGUUUAAUGACUUUGAUGUUUGACCCGUUGGCUGACAGAUUGUAAAAUAUAUAAAUAGAAAAUCGACAAACCUCUCCAUUCUUUUAAAAGGUUGCGGUUUCUUGGUGACGGUGAUUUCUUAUGUUGCAUUGAGAUGAUGAUGAUGAUGAUGUUCAAUUAAAAUGUCUAUGAAACGCA